CCGCUGCGGAGCGGCGGCGGGGCCGGCCCAGCAGCAGCUGGAGAGGUACGGGGGGGCCGGCUGGGCGGUGGGGCAGCCCCGGCCCUGCCCUGGGCUGCGGGAGGAGAGCGGGGCUGCGGGCGACGGUGCGAGUGUCGUCCCCCCCGUACCCCCGUGUGUGUGGGUGGGUCUGGACGCUCGGCGUGCGGGGUGCGCUCCCUGGCGGGGCCGGGAGCGGGACUUCACCCCCCAGCUCCACCGAGCUGCCGAGUUGACAUCAGCUGUCGCGGCGGGGAUGCUGCUGCUGCUGCUGCUUGUGUGUAUUCUCCUUCUCCUGCCGAGGCUCCUGGGAUGAGAACGCUGAUGUGUUGUCCCAGAGCCUGGAAACCUAGGAGAGCAGAAUAGGUAAGAACGGCUGGAAGAGUAGACCUUGAAGAACAGCGUGGGUUUGAGUCCAAGGCUGGUAGUUUGAAAUAAAUAUACCCAGCUAUUUUGUGGCUGCAAGCUACAAUUAUGCCAGGAAGCUGAUUCUGCAGCUGCUUGUGAAUGCAGUCUGAAGGCCUGCAGUGUGCCAGCGAGCAUCAGCCAGGACACAGGGGCAUUCAGGAACCAGGAAAAUUACUGGCUUUCUUGAGGAAGAAACAAAGAAGAAACCUUUAUUUCUUGCCUAGUUGGAAAGCAAAGCAAUGCAAUCUUGACACCUGGUUAACUUAAAGAAGCAUUUUUUUAAAAAUACCUCUUGACUGUGUGGAUCUUGUAACUCUUGAUACAAACUUGCCUUUGGACUUGUGCAAAUAAAUCAUUGGAAGAAUUGAUUGGAGAAAGCAGUCACUGAAAGAGUGGCUGUUGAAGAAUCAUGACGAAGCACUUGGAGAUCAUCAAUUUGUCAUUCUUGUUGGAGCAUGAAAGGGAAACAAUAUUGGGAGUACUGAAGAGAGAUGAAUAUCUGAAAAAAGUUGAAGAUAAAAGGAUAAGGAAAUUGAAAAAUGAGCUUCUGGAAGUGAGAAGGAAAGGUGGAAACCGUCAUUGUCAACAGGACAACAGCAGGGUCUGCGUUCGCUGUCAGAAAAGCCUGGGCUUCAUCUUUGACAGAGGAGACCUGUGCCAAACCUGCAAACUUCGAGUUUGCAAUAAGUGUCGUGACGUGGCAACUGACGGGCAGUGGAAAUGCUCGGUGUGCGCCAAGAUUGCACAGCUACGGAUAGUGACAGGAGAAUGGUUUUUUGAAGAGAGAGCAAAGCGCUUCAAACAAUCAAAUCUUGGAACUGAUGUUGUCAGACGGUCUAUCCUACACAAAUUCCCAGAUACGGUUUCCAGUAAGGAUGAAGGUAGAACAUUUAAAGAUCAACCCCAAGAGAAUGAAGAAAGAAGACCAGAUGUAUCAGUCUCCUCCACAACUGGGCAUAAAUCAAUCUUCGGUGGACCCAGAAGGAUAGGGAAGGUAAUUAGGGCGGUUACCAAAGGAGAAAUUACAAAUGCAAAAGGUGAAGGUGAGAGGAACAAAGGCUCAGAAGCUGAAACCCGAAGUCUGCGCAGCGGCAAGUCAACGCCUUGCUCUGAGAGAGGGAGCACUCCUUCGCUGAACAGCAGUGAUGCAGAGGCCGCUGCAGGCUAUCUGAAAGGGGCCGUGGGUCCUGUGAGCAGAGGUAAUGCUUCCAUACCUUCCCUCCCGAGAUCCCUGGCACUGAGCACCCGCAGCAUGACCGCAGAUUAUAGCAGGGACACUGGCUUAGAAAAUGGUGUGAUAAUUCCAAUGAGUGAAAGCGUACCUGAAGAUUUAGUAAAAAAGCACUGUAGGAAAGCAUCUGGAACACCUUCCAUUGCAGUUUCGAGGAUAUCUUUGUCAUCAGAUCGUAGUCGAUCUGAGAUAGAUUUGAGUGAAUCUUUCUCUGAAGGAAAUGAAGAUACUCUGAGCAUAAGAAGCAAAUCUGUACCUAGUGCCUUAGAUCAGGAACUGGAUUAUCUGGAUGAAACAGAAGAAGAUAUUGAUGACAUAGUGGCCUCUCGUUAUUCAAGGAAACAUGGACAUUUGACAAGUGGAUUAUCAACAAACUCCCCAGAAGGCUCUGACAGAAAAUGGACGUAUUUAAACGUGCCUGAAAAAGACGGUGAUACCACUAGCAUUAACAGCAUGCUGAGUGUAUAUAGUGAAACUGGUGACUAUGGCAACGUGAAGGUCAGUGGUGAAAUCCUUCUCAACAUCAACUACAGCUACAAAACAGGUGCCCUCAACAUCCUGGUGAAAAGUUGCCGAAACCUGGCCGUUGCAGAUGAGAAGAAGCAAAGGACCGAUCCAUAUGUCAAAGCAUACCUUCUGCCUGAUAAGUCCCGCCAAAGCAAACGCAAGACCAAAAUUAAAAGUAACAGCACCAAUCCAGAAUUUAAUGAAACACUGAAGUAUGUCAUCAGUCACACACAGCUAGAAACCAGGACCCUGCAGCUUUCUGUCUGGCACUAUGACCGAUUUGGACGCAACAGCUUCCUUGGGGAGGUGGAAAUUCCAUUUGAUUCCUGGAACUUCGAAAAUCAGGGCGAUGAGUGGUUUGUGCUCCAGCCUAAGGUGGAGAUUGCAACAGAUGUUGGACUUCAAUAUAAAGGAGAACUGACAGUUGUUUUACGUUACAUUCCCCCAGACAGAAAUCUAAUGCUUCCGCUAGGGCAGUUUCAAGGAAAGAAGAGCUUUAAAAAAGGAAAAAAGGGAGACUCUCGCGUGCCAUCUGGAGGUAUAUUAGAAGUCCUUAUCAAAGAAGCAAAGAAUUUAACAGCCGUGAAAUCAGGAGGCACGUCUGACACUUUCGUGAAAGGAUAUCUUCUCCCAGAUGACAGCAAAGCUACGAAACACAAAACUCCCAUAAUAAAAAAGAGUGUGAAUCCCCACUGGAAUCAUACCUUUGCUUUCGGUGGCUUGAAUUCAAGGGAUAUACGUAAUGUCUGCCUAGAACUGACUGUGUGGGACAAGGAGUCACUCUCCAGUAAUAUUUUUUUGGGAGGUGUCCGUUUGAGCACUGGAAAUGGUGUAAGUAAUGGCAAGGAGGUUGACUGGAUGGACUCUCAAGGGGAAGAGCAGCACCUCUGGCAGAAGAUGAUUGACAGUCCGGGAGUUCCUGUGGAGGGGAUAUUAAUGCUGAGAUCCAGCAUGGGGAAACGCAGACUCUGAAAGACUUUAACUACUGAGGGGUACCGCAGGUACUCCCGACUUCAGUGGUGUUCAGGCUCUUGUCACUUUGCCCAUUUGAAAGUGGGGAAGGCUUGUACUCUUUGCCUUGGAUAUUAAAGCUCCAAGUGAGAUUUUAAUGCAUUCUGCACUUUCAUGCACACCUUUUUAACCCAGGCUUCUUGUAUGGAUUGUGUUUCUCCUGAAGCCAGUGAGAAUUUGGCCGUGUACAGAGAUUGGACUGGCUUUCUCCGUCCCUUCUGGAGACUGGUGCGCAGCUGAUGAAAACCUCUGCUGGGGAGGGUGGGGGGGCCACGGAGUGAGAAAAUUUUCUACUUAGUCAUUGAGUAAGUAAUGCCUGGUUUACAUAGCUCCUUCUGGGUCAAAGAUGGCCUAGAAGACAGCAGUGACACGGUACAAGCAGAUGCAGAGUGAUUCUGUGCUUUGGUAUUUGAAAGAGAAAAAGCCAUAAUGUUAUGAAGGGUACAAACAACGUUUCUUUAUCAUGUUUGCUUGGUGGGCUGUGCAGCGUGCAGGAUGGCAGGCUUGGGACCAAGCAGCCCACCAAGGAAGGCCAAUGCACGGUGUUGCACGCUGGAAACAGGCGGCAGGUGAGCUGGUGCACAGUGCUGAUGUUCUGGCAUUCUCUGGCUUAUUUUAAGGCACUGUAUAAAAGGCAGUCUUGGUUCAACAUAAUCAAAGAGCAUAGUGAAAAUAAAUCAUAACUAAUCUCCAAACAAUUUCCAGAACUACAUGGCAUUACUGUGUUUUUCAUUCAGUUGACAACUCUAGCCAAGAUCUUCUGAUGUCAUUGAACAGAGGGAAUACGUUCACGUGCCUGUCCCCCUCUGAUGAGUUGUGCUGGGUUUGGACAUUGUUAGCUAAGACCUCGAUUCAAUAGAUCGUGUAGUAAAGUGAUGUGAUUAAAACACAUGCCAGAAUGAUUUGCAAAACUGUGGAAUUUUCUCUGAAUGGGCUGGGAUCCCAGUCAGCUGUUGAUUAUUAACCAGAGUAGGACUUUUUUCUCCUGAACUCUCCCUGUGAGUUAACAGUGGAUUUAAUGAUAAAAGUGGGGUUUGGCCAGUUCAAUCAUUAAUCUUAUGAACAGUGACAAUUGUUCAACAGUGAUUUUGCCAUUUGGUUUCCUAAAGUGAUUUUACACCUACUUAGAUUCCCCGUCCGCUGGGGGCUCACACAGGUCAUGUGUGACGAGUGUGCUGUUUUGAAUAGUUGCUGUGGGCUACUCCUACCAUAAUGAGAUAGGAUUAUAAUAUUUUUUUUUUAAGGACAGCACAUAUCUGCUUGCAAGACUGGAUAAUAACAUAAUUGUAUGGCAUGUGAUUGCUCAGUGUAUAAGCCAAAGGAAGGUCAGUAAACUGAGUGAACUUUUUUUCUGAAUUUUCCAGAAUUAGAACCUAGCUUCCUAUUUGAACUGUUAAAUUAAUCUAUAGCUAUUCUUACCUUCCCCCCCCCCCAAGUGUUUUAUUUUUGGAAGUAAUGUAGUAUUAGUACUAAGGAAACAAAUUGAGACAUAAUCCUUACAUAAAUUAACAGAAAAAACCAAACGUUCAAAGAAUGUAUCAUUCCCUGUAGGUCAAACCACUAGUAUUCAAAAAAUUCUGUGAAGAAUAAAGACCAUAAAAUCUAACUUCUUUGAGGGAUACAAAUGUUGUUCUUCACAAUCCAGAAAUUGUAAGAAAUAUAGAUUGAACAACAGAAUAUGAACUGAUAGCUAAGUAACUACAGCUGAAAAUUUGACAUCUGUAGCUGUCCUAAUGUACGAUUCUGUACAUUUAUUUAGAGCUAAAUCCAAAAUCUUAACAUUUAAUGUCCAUUGCUUUUAUUUUUAAGAUACUUUAUGUUGGUUUGGUUUGAGUGGCUUGAAACUGAGGGAAGUCUACAGGCAGCCUUUUAAAAUCUUAGUAUUAUUAGAUAAAAAAUUAUUUAUUUUUAUUAAAAAGAGUAUCUUAGUUUUAAUAAAAGUAUUUGUCCCAUUAUGUUUCCUUUGAAAGUUAUGAUAUGACUUUAAAAAGUCAUUGGAGGUACUGCUUGCCCAGUUUGAGACCCCCAAUUUUCAGAAAUUACCAAGUCAUCUUCAAAAAUAAAACUCCCAUAGAGAAUCUCAGUUUGGGAACCAAAAGUCAGUAGUUGCUCAAGAAAACUGACUUCAUUUUCCUUCUUCAUUUUUUUUUUUUCUCAAGUCCUGCUCAAGUGAAGCAGUGAAACAAGUCUAGUCUAGUUUUAGCCGGCCUUUCAUUUUAUGCCCCAGGUGCUGUGAGCUGAUAAAUUAGAGCACAAAUAUCAAGCACAUACAUUUUAUGACCUUUUUCUUAUCAUAAUAGUUUCUCUUUAAGUAUUAAUUUUUGGUUUGGUUUAGUUUUGGUUUGGUUUUUUUUUUUUUGGUGUGAGCGUUCUCCAAAGUGAAACAAAACCUAGCUUUCGGCACCUAAACUACCUCUCUCUUUAACAGAAAUUGUCUGAGUUGUCUUGGUUGUUUGUACUGCAAACCUGCAUUCAUUUUGGGAACAAUAAUAUUAUAGUGACACGGAGGCACGAGCUUGAUUUUUCCACUUGCUAGAAGUUUAUUCAAAGAGAUAAAGCUUUUUAAAUCUAAAGAAAAUGAUUCUUCAGGGUAAAAUUCCAGAUAGAGCUGUAGGGGAACGCUAGGCAGUUGGACGUGUUCGUUUUGUUUCAUUUUAAUGGUGAAAGUAGGAAAAUAAAAAGAAUACAAACUCUAGGAUGGACCCCAAAAUGGAAUCCUUUUUCUCUUGCCAAACUGGAAAGCUUAACAUGUUUUUUAACUGACCUAAACUUUUUAUUUUUACUUGGAGUACAAGAGUUUGUCUAGUUUUUGAACGGUAAUAUUUUCUAACCUUCUAAGCAUUAACCUUUUGGCUAAAUCAGGUCUUGCUUUGAAUGGAAAAAGUCUGUGCUUUACCGCUUCAGCUUCUGCUCAUUUUGGUCCUAUGGUAGAAUUUGUGACGGAUGGACUGCUCUGGGAAUUGUCACCCAGCUCAUAUGCGGGCUUUAAGUUCUGCCUUUUCCUUCCAAAGGGCCAAAAUUUCACUCUGAGCCUGCACAUGAAAUUAUAGACUGGGUUGUGAAUGUAGGUGUCAAUUGCAGUUCGGCAUAUGAAAGGAACAAUUUCACCGGGAAGUAAUUUUGCCCGAGGCGGUGGUGUUGGUUGUUGAUGGGAUUUGGAGUAGUACGGUGAAAUUACCUCCUAGAUUAGCAGUGACAAUUCUGCAUUAUGGUAGCGUAUAGUAGAUGUCACACUCUGCCUUAAACGAGCCUGGGAGAGAUGAUGAGCAUCAUGUAAACACUGGAGCAAUUUGGAAAGCUUUGCCGUUCUAUGAUGUUAUCGGCACAUUUGUAGGAAGCGUUUGAUUUGUGGAAAAUGUCACAUUUAAUUAUCUCUUAUAUCUUUGUUCUCUUCCUUUACAAAAAUGAUCUAUGGUUUGGAAAAACAAGCACAAGAUGAUUAACUGCAGAUGUGAUUUCUUGUUUCCCGGAUAUUUGAAUUAAUUGCCUAUAAUUGCGCGUCAUCAUGUACUGUGGGUUACCAGGCUGAACAAAAAGACAGAAAGCCAGGAAUUAGGCUAAAGCCUUCCUUUUGUAUGUAUGUUUACGGUAUUGAAGGUGCAUGAAUGGUUUAUUCAAACCUAAUUUUUAGGAGAAAAUAGCCACAAUUUUACACUGAUUUGUAAACUCCUGCCCUGAGUAAUUAGACCCAGCAGAGCUGAUGUUUCUAAAGUAUUUCUCCACACAGACUUGAGUAACUGAAGAUGUGUCAGUGGAGAAGAAACCUUCUCUACAGUGGUUUUUGAAAGCGUAUUACACAAUGUGUUUUGCUCUGAUACAUAUUUUUUCUAGCAAGGUAACUACAGGGCUUUCGUCACUACCUUUUGCCCCCUUGUGAUUAGAUUUUGAGGGUUUGACCCAUUAAAGAAGAAUAAAAGUGCGACUUCUGCUGUAAAACCUCAAGCAGGGCUUAGUCUUUAGACAGCGUGGUUGUUGCCAGUGUCCAUCAAAAAGAGCUGAUGCUGAGGGCUCUCCAAGCCCUGCCAUCAGACUUUGGUAUCUGGACCUGUUCUCUGGAAGUUUCUCUGCUGAGUUUAUCAGCUAUAUGAGGACUUUAGGCUUCUAAAUGUUGAUGCUCUUGCUUGCACGCUUACUUGCCAAAAGCAGGCUAAAAUAGGUUUGCAAUGGCAAACGUAACAUCCUACGUAACAUCCACUGUGUUACAUUUGAGGGAGGGUGGGAGGAAAGCUGCAAAGACUCUGAGGGACACUGUUGCCAUCUUCCUGAGCUAAUCCAAGUGCCACUGCCUUCCUUGAAUGCCUUUUAGAUGCCACAUUUUGAUCUUUCUUUCACAGCUGGAUGCUUUAGCAGAUGUUUUAAGAGAGAAGGCAUUGGGAUGGUGAGUAUGUUUUGAUCAUGGUGCAUUAGACUGGAAGCUUAUUCUUCAGUGCCUCUUCUUCCAAUGCAGAUUAUGCUAAGGUAGGAUGAAAAAAGCAUUUUUAUGUGUUAAUUCUCUAUUUUAAUUUUCCUGCCUCUUUAGGCCCUGUCAAGGGUAAUUCUAAUUUGUAUUCUGCAAAAUAUCAACUACACUAUAACAGCAGAGCAGCCAUUGAGCACGCCCUGGUACUAAUUGAUAAGGAGAGGUAACAGGAGGGUUGCAUUUAGAGUGGCAUAAUUUUGGCUUCUUAAGGCGUAUGCAAAUUGCCCAGCUCCAGGCAUGUAAAGUUCGCAGUUUGCUCUGUAGAGUCAGUGAAGAGAAAGACUGCUUGGAUCUCCUGCACGUUCAAAAAAGAGCUCUGAGUCCUGUUUCCACAACUGCCUAGUUUGUAGAUGUACACAAGCUCAUAGAAUCAUAGAAUUGCCUAGGUUGGAAGGGACCUUUCAGAUCAUCGAUUCCAACCAUCAACCUAACUCUGACAAACCCCAUCACUAAACCAUAUUGCUAAGCACUAUGUCCACCCAUCUUUUAAAUACCUCUGGGGAUGAUGAUUCCACCACUUCCCUGGGCAGCCUGUUCCAAUGCUUGAUAACCCUUUCAGCGUAAAAUUUUUUCCUAAUAUCUAAUCUAAACCUCCUCUGGCACAACUUGAGGCUGUUUCCUCUUGUCCUAUCACUUAUUACUUGGGAGAAGAGACUGACCCCCCACCUCUCUACAACCUCCUUUCAGGUAGUUGCAGAGAGCGAUAAGGUCUCCCCUCAGCCUCCUUUUCUCCAGGCUAAACAACCCCAGUUCCCUCAGCUGCUUCUCUUAAGACUUGUGCUCAAGACCCUUUACAAGCUUCGUUGCCCUUCUCUGGACACACUCCAGCACCUCAAUGUCUUUCUUGUAGUGAGAGGCCCAAAACUGGACACAGUACUUGAGGUGGGGCCUCGCCAGUGCUGAGUACAGGGGGAUGAUCACUUCCCUACUCCUGCUGGCCACACUGUUCCUGAUACAGGCCAGGAUGCUGUUCGCCUUCUUGGCCACCUGGGCACACUGCUGGCUCAUAUUCAGCCAGCUGUUAAUCAACACCCCCAGGUCCUUUUCCGGGCAGCUUCCCAGCCACUCUUCCCCAAGCCUGUAGCGUUGCAUGGGGUCAUUAUGCAGGCAGGACCCAGCACUUGGCCUUGUUGAACCUCAUAGCAUUGGCCUCGGCCCAUCGAUCCAGCCUGACCAGACCCCUCUGUAGAGCCUUCCUACCCUCAAGCAGAUCAACACUCCCGCCCAACUUGGUGUCAUCUGCAAACUUACUGAGGGGGCACUCGAUCCCCUCAUCCAGAUUGUUCAUAAAGAUACUAAAGAGAACCAGCCCCAAUACUGAGCCCCGGGGUGAGGGUGGUACCUGAAUCUUUGCAAGGGUGUCUCUGCCCUUCAUCCUUCCCUUCGGUUCAGCAACCUGCACCAGAGCCUUGUACCUGAACGUUGAUCUCCAGUAUGUGGAAGGAGGCAGCAUGCCGCAGUUAAGUGAUAGCCCCACUUACUUUGAUCCAUACAAGGUAAAAAGUGAAAUUUUACUUCCCUAACAUACAGUAUUGAUUUUCAGCACUUUGCAACAAUGACAGAAAUAACCAUCUCCUGAGAGCUGGUCCAUGCACUUUGUAAAGUCUUUUUUUUUUUUUUUUUUGUAAUAGUUUUUUAAAAAAAUGUUAUUAUUUAUUUAUUUUUACACACAGAAAUGUUAACAUUUGAGAGCCCUAGAGAAAUGGUGGUAGAACGUGUGAGGAAUUCCAAAAUAGGAUGCGGACUUUUAUUUGCAGUGAUGUCUUUUACCAUAACUCAGUGUGAGAAUGCUGAGAAGCACCCUAGCAGAACGUUACCACUGUGUCUCAUGAAUUUCCUGCCUGGUGAUUUUGUGUUUGCAAAUGCGGUUUGAUAAGUGGUAAUAAUACAGUGUUAAUUAUACUGUGUAUAUUGACACUGGAAGGUGAAUCUCUACUUGCUUUUUAGGUGUUUUUUAGGUUGCUUUUGAAACUCACCCUUGCCGCAUCUUGGCCCUUUCAUUUAGAUUAGUUAUUUCAACAAUUCUAUUUUAUGGCAAUAACAUCUAUAUGGCUGUGUGCUACUGCUCCUGAGAGCUUGCUGUAUAUUUUUGAGAAUAGUUCCAAUUGGUGGGGUUUGCCUAAAGCCAAGAGUAGUCAUUUGCUGCGGCAAUUAGAGAAUGAAUGUCCCGUAUCCCUCAUUCUGCUUAAAAUCUGUUGCUAGCUAUUUGUUUAAUUAUUCUGCUGGAAGUGAACAGUAGUAGCACCAAAUGGCAUUGCAGUAUGUUAAGUUCUGCCCAAAUUUUGACAAAAAAAUGUUUCCUGCCCAGAACAUUUUUGUACUGUGCACUGUAUGUUCAGUUUUGUGGACAAAGGUGGCUGAUAAUAUAUUUGCAGCUGUUGUCAAGAUUAAUGUUCUGUCUUUUAAAUUAAAAUACUGAAACAUGGCUGUGUCCUUGUCUCUCCUAAAAUGCAUUACAGCAAACCAUAAAUGUGUCUCCCGGGAAUAUCCCGUAUUACCUCACUGAGGUAAAGAAUUACUUCACUUAUAUGUGAUGAAUAAUGCAGGAGGCUGGCAAGUCUUC